GCUUGUUUGUCACCUUAUUCCUAACUGUUUUGUCCUGUCUGGUGUUGCACUUUCUGAAAUGGACUGGGAGUGUGUCUGCCUUUCCGGUGUCCUACGUGAGAUCUGCAGGUGCCGUGUGUUGCUUUCCGGGGUAUUUGUACUGGCAGGCUUGCGUGUGGACCGUGUCCUAGACGUUGUCGACCUUGGCCACUGAUUUUCUGGGCCAUGUGGUUCACUUAUGGGGCUCAGGUCGCUAUCGUGCAUUUCAUCGAUCGGCGGUGCAAGUGUUACCUCCGGAUCUCGUGGUGAUGCAUUUUUAAAAUUCCAAUUAGGACUAGCAACACCUACAAGACGAUGAUCCAGAACCCUAUUGCCAGGAACUUUGGUCUUGUUACCAUCUGUCCUUCGUAAGGAUACUGGAAGGUUACUGGAGUUUGAACGUGAAGAGGAGCCAGUGGCAGACAAAAAAGAAGGAACAAGCGCUAUCGAACAAGGGCUAUUCAUAAUAGUACUCUACGCUAUAGGAGCACUGGCACUUGGAGCUGGUAUCGCCAUCAUAAUCUUCCAUCGAAAAGACCGACCACCUGUGGAUAGAACACCUGCGAAUUACACAGAGGACAACGAACUGAUGACUCGUGCAACUCCAUCCCCAGAAGAUGACGAAGAGGUCUAUGAGAGAAAAACACUAUGUGGCACCGACGACUGCAACUACAUGCGCUGGCUGAUCAGUAUGUCUGUCGACACGGCAAAGAAUCCAUGCGAUAAUUUUUUUUACCUAUGUCUGCGCCGGUGCUAUGGAGCAUUUCAAAGGGGUACCAAACCUGCUAUAUUUCGUGACCCUCCAGAAUAUGCAAGCGAUUGAGAUGUGGUUCAAAAACGCCUCUCCUCCGGCUCAAAGACAGAGCGCCUUCCAGAAAGCAGUCAAGUUGUAUCAAUCGUGUCUCGAAGAUCCGCAAUCAAGCAAGCCAGGAAUAUAUCAAAUUCUAGGAAAUUUAGGCUUGUCAUUAACAGAAGAAUUGAAUUUUGAACCGCUUGAUAUCCAAGUGAGGUUUCUGUUUGAAGGACAUUCGGCGAUAUACACCAUGACUCCAGCACCGUCUCGCAGCCAGAACGACAUCUUCCUCGAUGUUCGUGUAUCUCCUAAUUUCGAUUCGUCUCGCUCGGUUAAGCCUGGCAGUGCAACGGAACGCAGAAUAAUUUAUCAGAAGGUGUUACAUUGGGUAUUCGAAGGUUUAAAUCUCGACGACGAGGUUAUGGAUCAUGUUCUACAAGCGGAAGACAAAGUGUACGUCGUCUCCAGCAUCCAGACGUACGGAGACAAACGUUACAGAUUUGGAAUGUCUAACAUCGAUUAUUUUGCCGGCAAAGACCGGGGACUAUCCGAACGGUGGAAAAAGAGCCUACAAAAAUGGUCAAAGUCGCUCUUCCCCGGAAGAUAUCAAAUUCAAAUGACUUUAAACGAUAUACACCUACUGUAUAAUUUAUUUGGCAGCAAAGCAUUGAUAAGCACCGAAGACAUCCGAACAUUUUUUGCAUGGAGAACAACGUGGUACCUCUACAAUAUAUCUGGAGUAACCAUGGCAAAUGAGAAGGCCAGUGAGAUAGCCGACAACUGCCUAACUCACGAAUUAUAUUUAUUCAAGAUUGUAGCGCCGAUGAAGACGUUGUUAGAGAAGGUAAACCAGUCAACAGUAGAUACUGUAGAACGGAUGACGAAUAAUAUUCUGCUUGGGAUCGAAACGUCAUUCAGAACAUCGAACUGGCUCGACGGUCCUACACGAAAGGGGGCCUUAAAAAAGAUAUCUCAGUUACACAAGAGUAUCGGUUACCCUCUUGGUAUUUCAUCGGAAAAAGCGGCUGACGCAUAUUUGAGCAAUGUCCCAGACAUGACAGACAGUUACGUUUCGAACGUCGUUAAGGUGAUAGAGCAUCAAACGUCCACUGCUAUUGAUAUGUUGAGGAGUAAAGACGUCCUCAGCGCGUCCAUCAUGACUCGCUUGAUAGCCUUCAUACCGAUGUAUUCGGCAAACGCGGCGUACAAUGCGCUAAGCAACGUGAUUUAUAUUCCUCCAGGCUUAAUGGUCUGGCCAAUUUUCACUGAUGGCGGAGCACCUGCAUUGAACUACGGUACGCUGGGCGGGAUACUGACACACGAAAUUAUGCACGGCUUCGACAAUACUGGAAAAAAAUACGACGGUACAGGAAAAAGAACAGGCUGGUUUUCUGAAGCCAGUAACCGAGCGUACGCUAACCUCAUUGAGUGUCACAACGUCAGCAUCGAGAACGCCCCAAAGGCAAGACACUACGCGGAUUACCCGGCCGAGUACCUAGCGGAUACGAUGGGCAGAGGGUCAAUACUGAAGGUGUACAGGAAAGCUUUUAAAAAAUCGCCUGUGAGUCUGGGACAACUGAAGGGGUUGACGAGUGACCAGCUCUUCUACGUGGCUUGGUGCCUGAUGUGGUGUGGAGAGCCACUUCCAGAUAAGACUCAUCCUCGCUCUGACGAAAGGUGCAAUGUUCCUCUCAUGAGUUCUGAACACUUUGGCGAAGUGUUUAACUGUCCUCCGGAAUCGCCAAUGAAUUCGAAGAAAAAAUGUCCCUUUUGGAGAACGCUUCUCUGAAUGAAGGUUCAGAAACCGUGCACGUUGCUGAGCGUAAAAUGAACAGUUCAAUGAAGGAAAGAGCUUGUUUAUGUUUCGGUACGUUUGGAAGUACCGUGAUAUUGCUUUUCUCAUAAAGUACUUAAAUGGCGUUUUCCGCAUGCUCUACUGGCUUGUGUAGUGCUGAAAUGAAAAGGUACCAUUUUCUGCGGACGGA